GGUUGUUCGUUGUCAUGAAGAGCAUCUGACAAUGCAUUCGUCAUGUUCUUGAAUUCGUCGUGCGUCGUAGAGCGAAAAGUACCUAUUUACACCAAACCAAGAGGUGCUAAUCUAUCCCACCUCCCUGUUUAUACCUUGAUAAGAUUACAAAACCUGCCGCAAGUCGUACGCGCUUUGUACAUGGACUGCUACAUGAUAAAUGGUCUAACCUCCAUGGUUGUAUGACGAUGAAGCAAUCGAGAACAUGUCUGCUCUGUCUUGGUUUCGCGGUUGUCGGUGCCAUCCUUUUGGGGGUCGGGAUUCUGAUCGGGUUUUAUGGAAUCUCGGACGGACCGUGUCCGACCUCGACGUGGGAAGAAGAUGAAACGAUUACGAGUAAGAUGAUGGACGAAUGUAAGGCGGAAAACAUUGAAAGGAAUCUCAAAGAAUUGAGCAGACGACCUCACUUGGCGGGAACACCAGCUGAGAAGGAGAAUGCUGAGAUGCUUGUCAAUCUAUGGACCGAGUACGGAUUCGAUUCGGUUCGGUUACUCUCCUAUGAUGUUCUCUUGGCUUACCCUGAUCCGGACAAUCCGAAUAAAGUGAUGUUAACAGAUAAUGGAGUACCUGUUUUCACCAGUGCUCUGACCGAGGCUGUCCUCCGACCUGAGGAUAAUAAUACAGAUGCUGUACCGCCGUUCAGUGCAUACUCGGCACAGGGAGAACCAGAGGCCCCUCUCGUGUAUGUCAACCAUGGAACAUCGGAUGAUUUUGACUGGCUAGCCAAGAACAGACCAGAUAUCAAUAUCAAUGGAUCAAUCGUCAUUGUCAAAUACGGCAAAGGUUUUCGUGGACAUAAAGUACUUAAUGCUCAAAAAGCAGGUGCUUUAGGAGUAAUCAUCUAUUCAGAUCCUGCAAAUUAUGCUCAAGAAGGUCAUAACGCAGCGUAUCCGACAGACUGGUGGUUACCGGAUACCGGUACACAGCGAGGUAACGUGUUUGUUGGGAGCGCAAAGGGAGAUCCGGCUACUCCCGGUUAUCCGUCUAAACCUUAUAUGUACCGGUUAAACGAUACGGAUACCACUCUCCCGACUAUCCCGGUGCAUCCGAUUAGCUACGGUGAUGCACAACAUCUGCUCAGUGAGCUUGCAGGUGAUGAGGUUCCUGAUGCCUGGAAGGGAGGUCUCAACAUCACAUAUAGAUUCGGACCUGGUUUCACUAAUCCCAACAGAAAGGUGAAAAUGAGCAUUCAUACUUCAAGAGAGAUUCGAACCAUCUACAACGUAAUUGGUGUCAUCAACGGAGCAGUCGAGCCAGACCGUUACGUGUUGCUAGGCAACCAUCGUGAUGCCUGGGUGUACGGUGCCGUCGAUCCAUCCAGUGGAACGGCAGUUCUUAUGGAGACAACAAGAGUCUACUCCCAAAUGAUAAAAACAGGUUGGCGACCACGAAGGUCUGUGAUGUUCUGUAGCUGGGGAGCCGAGGAGUAUGGUCUACUAGGAUCGACUGAGUUUGUGGAGGAAUAUCAAAAGAUUCUUGGCGAGAGGGCUGUGGCUUAUAUCAACGUAGACAGCGCUGUGGUGGGGAAUUAUUCAUUUGUUGCCAGGGCAACGCCCCUCCUACAGCAGGCUUUAAUGGAUGCAACUAAAAAGGUACCAGACGGUGAGACGCAGGAACGGUCAGUCUAUGAUCUAUGGUUACAGCGAAUCCCCGGUCCUGAUAGCAAGCCUUACGUGUCAGUGAUUGGAUCAGGCAGUGACCACGCCCCGUUCAUGCACCGUAUUGGAGUGCCUUCCACCGACCUGCUUUAUGUCUAUGACCUCAGUUUGGGCUUAUCAUCUUACCCCGUCUACCAUUCCGUGUAUGAGAACUUUUACUACGUAAAGAACUUCUUGGACUGGAACUUCUGGCGCCAUCAGGCCAUGGCAAGAGUCUUUUUAGAAUUCUCGCGAGAUCUCGCGGACUCCGCAAUUCUUCCGUUCGGUUGCACGGAUUAUGCCACAAAGCUCAGGCAAGCUGCACAAGGCUUGAAGAGUAAUUUCGGGGAAAAGAUUACUCAGAAUGGGAUCGAUUUUGAUUACAUGGACUCGGCGCUAGAUAAUUUUACAGAAGCAGCACAUCAUUUUGAAAUGCGCCUAGCUGAUAUUGAUUUAAAAGAUUCAUUUGCAGUAAGACGUGUUAAUGAUCAGAUGAUGCAACUUGAACGAGCUUUUAUUGAUCCAGCAGGGCUCCCUGAUAGGAAAUGGUUGAGGCACUUAAUAUUUGCACCCAGCAGCAUUGAUUCCUAUGCUGGUUCUGAGUUUCCUGCCGUGGUCGAUGCCCUGUAUCGUAUCGACGACGAUCCCGAUCAACAGGCUCGAUGGGAUAAUGUGAGAAAGCAACUAGCAAUCUUAACAUUCACGAUCCAAUCAGCGGCCAGUACACUCAGUGACGUCACACAACUGUGAUUUCCUCAUCCAAUCAAAGGCCAGUAAACCCCCGGGAACGUAGGGAAGUGCAGCCAUCCGUAUCCAGUCUUCGGCCAGUACACUCAUUGACGUCACACAAAUUCAGCAGGAUUUCCUGCUGAUAUCUAACGACAUACCAAUAGGAUAUCGCACAGUGACGUACGGAUGGUUCAAGAACAUAGAAAAUGUAUUGCAAAUGCCCAUCAAGACAAAGAACAGCCAUGAAGUCUUUGUCGACAAUUGGUGGAUCAAAAUUGCAGUUUCGUCCUGGAAUCUGGACAAACGACAUUAUUUUUACAUUUUCGUCAUCUACGAAACUUGGGUCGAUAAUGUUGUUGAGGUUAACCAAUUUUCGACAAAGACCUCCCAGCUGUACUUUGUCAUUUGACGGGGAAUUUUCAAUACAUGUAUUGUGUUCUUGAAUCCUCCCUACGUCGCCGAGCAAAAAAUCCCUAAUACUUCAACUUUCCCUGAACAGUCAGUUUAGGUGCUACUUCUUUUCUUCAUUCAUUAUUUUUUUUCUUCCUUUCUAUUUUUAUUCUUCUUCGACAAUAUCUGGGAGAUACAAUAACUUCAAGCACUUGAACCAUUUCUUGAUGUAUUAUAAAUUGCUGUUUUUCUUAUGAUUGGAAAAUAGCUAGGGGCUUCCCAGCUAGAAAUGGAAAUAAAACAAAAUGAAAUAAAAUGAAAUGAAAUGAUAAUGAUUUAUGGUAUGAUUUAUUUAUAGUCAUACAUUAACUGGUAUGUUGGGUUUUUUGGGUUCCCUUUUGGGGUUGUUGUUUUUGUCGGUGUUUUGUUAAUAAGACUGUCCAGUUAUAUCUCUUUUGAAUGCUCUACCGAUCGAUGGCCAACAUCUAUAUAAUCAAAAAUGAGUGAACAAAAAGGAAGUAAAAAUUUUACAGUGUUAUUGAGGGAGUUGUAUGUUUUUUUUUCGAUGGAAUUUGAUUUGUGUAUACAAAUAAAAUAAUGUGAAAACCUUGUCGAUUCAUGGAUUGUGAUUAGAUGUAGAGGUGAUAAUUGAAGUCAACCUAUCUUAAUAUAGGGCUUAUGAGAUAAAAAAAAAUCACAAUAGUGAUAUCACAAUCGGGAUAGAUUGACUAGCACAAUUUCUCAACAAAUUGUCACUACUACUACUACUACUGGUUGAAGAAUUAGUAGUAGCAGUAGUAGUAGUAGUAGUAGUAGUGAUAGUAGUAGUACGACUACUUUUACUAAUACAACUACUGCAGUAGUGGCAAUGGUAUGAGUAGUAGUAGAAGUAGUAUUGAGAGUAGUAGAAAUAGUAGAAGUAGUAGUAGUAGUAG